CCUUUAACAUCAUCACACUUCUUUGGAAAAAAAGUUAGGCAUUGGCAGUUUUUUUUUCUAAUACGUUAGGGAACUCGGCUUCAGCUUUUGAGCUGCAGUCCAGGACGUGUCGUUAAGACGGGGGCUUAAAAAAAUAAAUAAAAAUGACGGGCUAUUCGACCAGCAUGCGAAUCAGACUGCCAGCUGUCUGCGUUGUCUUGGAAGUGAUUCUGAUAAUCCUCUUCGGUGUUUUGGUCAAGUAUGACCACGAAACUGAUGCUAAAGGAUGGCACAAGUAUAUCAAGAAUCACAACAACAAAUCCCAGGUGGAAAACGACUUUUACUACAGAUACGCGAGUUUCCAGGAUGUGCAUGUGAUGAUCUUCAUCGGCUUCGGCUUCCUCAUGACUUUCCUGAAGCGCUAUGGUUACAGCAGCGUGGGCUUCAACUUCCUCAUCGCCUCCUUCUCCCUGCAGUGGGCCACCCUCAUGCAGGGCUUCUUCCACGGCAUGAAGGAGGACGGCAAGAUCCACAUUGGAGUGGAGAGCAUGAUCAACGCAGAUUUCUGCACUGGCGCCGUGCUCAUUUCCUUCGGAGCGGUACUGGGAAAGACCAGCCCAGUCCAGUUGCUGAUAAUGGCAGUGUUUGAAGUCACGAUCUUUGCGAUCAACGAGUAUGUUAUUCUCAACGUUGUAGGGGCGAAGGACGCUGGCGGCUCCAUGACUAUCCACACAUUCGGGGCUUAUUUCGGUCUCGUGGUGACCCGGAUCCUGUACCGUCCCGAACUGGAAAAGAGCAAACACAAGGAGGGAGCUGUCUAUCACUCGGACCUCUUCGCUAUGAUCGGCACCAUAUACCUGUGGAUGUUCUGGCCCAGCUUCAACUCUGCGAUUACAGCCCACGGAGAUGACCAGCACAGGACGGCUAUGAACACUUACUACUCCCUAGCCUCCUGCACCCUGGCUACCUUCGCCAUGUCUGCGCUGGUCAACCAUGAGGGCAAGCUGGACAUGGUGCACAUCCAGAAUGCCGCUCUCGCUGGGGGCGUGGCCAUGGGCACCGCAGGGGAGAUGAUGCUGACGCCCUUUGGGUCCAUGAUCGUGGGCUUCCUCGCUGGGACCAUCUCCACUCUGGGCUACAAAUACCUCACGCCAAUCCUGAACUCCAAGCUGAAGGUCCAGGACACUUGUGGGAUCCACAAUCUGCACGGCAUGCCAGGGAUCCUGGGGGCCAUCGUGGGGGCUGUCACCGCGGCAACGGCCACCGCUGACAUCUACGGAGACGGGAUGGAAGACGUGUUUCCUGAUAUGGCUGCAGGCGACAUAAGCGCGUCUCAGCAGGGCAUUCGCCAGGCCGUGGCGCUCGCUGUUGCCAUGGCGUUCGCUCUGGUGGGAGGAGUCCUCGUUGGGUUUAUUCUGAAGAUUCCCAUCUUCGGAUCUCCCCCUGACACAAUCUGCUUCGAGGAUCAGAUAUACUGGGAGUUACCAGAGGAAGAAGACGAGGACCACGCAGAGAUGACUCGCGUCAGAACCGUAGAAGAGAAACCUCUCAACGCCUAGAGAGAGCCUUCACCCCUCAGCUGAGAAACAAACCCGACCGGGCUGAGCUGCCAAAAGAAACUUCAUAAAUUCAACAGGAAACGCUUCCCAGAGAAGCCAGCCAUCGGCUUGUGUUUAUUAAGUUUCCUUUUGCAUCUCUAAAGAGAUCAAUCCAGCCAGCCGCAGCUCACCCCCAUUCUGUGUGACGAUCGUCUCUGCCAGCCACACUAUCUCAGGGAGGUUCAAUCUGAACUGACCUGGUACUCGGCAGGCAUUCGGUUGUACUUUGUGUUGUGUGCAGUUGUGUUUGUAAAUCACCCUUGUGAGGGGAAUAAAGUUCCCUGCUGGAUUCCUUUAUCUGUUCCUGAUAUUAAAACGUUACCUUGCCUUGUUUACUCGUUUGAAAAAGACAACAAAAAAAUAAAAAGCUAACAAAAAAAUGUUGUUCAAAUGCUAAAAUGUAUUGUUGUUUGGAAAUAUUAAAUGCGUGGAUUCUGUUUUUCA